UUCUUAGCUUAACUUAAUUUAUUUGUGUUGGGACAACAUGAAAGACUUUAGUGGAUCCCUGCAAUUUUUGCAGCGUGACAAGACCAGACAAGGGGUGCCCUGCAGUCACAUGUUCUUGUCCCUCCUCCUCAAAGUAUACUGAAUCCUCCCACACACUGUCUACAUUCAUUGACCAUCAGGACAGCAGAGUACAGCAGUGCAUUCAUCUCCAUACAAAGAAAACAAAAGCAGGAGAAUGGAUCCCAUGCUGAAUUCACCUGAGAAAUCUCAAUUUUCACCACCACCUGUCUACCAGGACAGUCCACCUCCAUAUACUCCAUACUAUCCAGGCCAGUCGGUCCCUCAAGGCCCCUGUGUUCAAGGGCCACAUCCAGGACAAGCGGUGGUCUCGGUGCAGCCUGCAGUUUUUGUGACCGCUGCUCCACUGCAAACUCCACCGCCAGAUUACCUGUGUUACUCCAUCUUCAACCUGUUUUGCUGCUGUUUCCCUCUGGGCAUCGCAGCGCUGAUAUUUUCCGUCUCUACUUGGAAUGCCAAUUUGGCAGGACAGCGUGAAUUGGCAGAGAAGAACUCCAAAAAGGCACAAACCCUGAACAACUUUGGUGUUGGUCUCGGCAUCGUUAUUAUUAUUAUGGCGAUUGUCUUAAAGGUUAUAAUACAUUAAAAUGCAUGUAAAAGUAUACAUAUACAUAAAUAAGCUGCUGUCAUUGUUGGGUGCAGAAUACAAACACAUUUGAUUCUCUUAAUUUUAAAAGUGUGCCAACAGUGAUCAUUUGGUGUUUGAUGAACAAAACAGUAGCUGAAUUGUUUCAAAUUACAAACACACACACACACAC